GAUGCACAUUUUUCAAGACGUCAAAAACGUAGGUCAUUUUUGUCCUCGAAGAAAUUAUAAGAAUUUAAACAAUGAUUUUCUAGAUUAACUUUUAACAUUAAAAUGGCUUUCAAUAUUAAGAAUAGAAAUUUACUUCGAUGUAUUUACUCAAUACGACACUAUAGCGAGGCUGAUAAUACAAAAUCUAUCUAUGAGAAGCAUGAAGCAGGCAUUCAACCACAUAAAGUGCAUGGCCAGGUACAAACUGAAUGGCGCAAGCCCUGGAUAAAGAGGGAAGGAGAACAGAUAAGUAAAUUAAACAUUUUUGUUGAAAAUAGUCCUAACAUGAGCGUUUUAAACGCCAUGCAAAGAAUUCCAGAUCUCACAUUUCAAGAUGUUAAGAAUUGGUGGAAACAAAUGAAAGAAGUACAAGAAAUUCAGAACCAAAAAUAUUUGCCUGAAAGAGUUACAACUUUAGGACCUAACCUGGGUGCUGUUCAUUUCUUUACAUAUCGACAAGCAACUGUUAGGCUGAAGGGUUCCAAGGAAUGGAUAGGUGGUGGUGACAUAACAAAACUAAAUCUACCUAGCCGCUUUGUGGAUGGCUACUUAGUUGAGGCUGUAGACUGCACCAAUUUUCACCACAACGGUAUUAGAUAUGAAGGUAUCCAGAACUUGACAGGCCUUAAUUCCCUCAAAUGGUUGUCUCUAAAGGGCAAUAAACAUAUUGAUGUGUGGUGUUUGGACAGAUUAGCCGGCCAGAAUGGAAACACUCUAGAAUAUUUAGACAUUUCUGGGUGCAAUAUAUGUGUGGGCUCAAUUUUAGCUCUAGCAAGAAUGACGGCAUUAAAAUUUUUGGUUCUCACUGAUCCUGGUGACAAUGCAGCACUCCAAGCUGGUCUUUCAACACUUGAAGAGGAAAAACCUGAUUUAUUAAUUAAAACUGUUGAAGAUCAAAUGCCAGAACAACUUUAAAUAGCACCAUUUGUAUAUACAAAAUAUAUACUUCUAUUGUUGAAUAGUUAUGGUUUAGUUAAGUAGCCUUUAAAUAUGACAAUUGAAUGUGUGUACAAAUUUAUAUUUAAUAGGAUGUAGAAAUUAAAUAAAUAAAACACAGAAACGUU